UAAAUAUUGUUAAAGUGAAUGAUUUUAGUUGCACCGGGUUGUCCUUUGUAUUUAAGUACACCGGACUGGACCGACUGGGCGAGAAGUCGUGGUAGGGAAGACUGACAAUCGACAGCCGUUAGUAGUUGUCUGCUCGGUGUCACGGUGGACACUUCUCCCUUUUACACUAUAUACUAUCCCAACAACCCUUUAUUUUCUUUUCCCUCCAGUGUUCUUUGAUACUUUUUUUAUUUUCACGUAAAUAAUAAGUAAGUAAGCAAGCAAUAUAGUUAGGAAGAAGUACUCGCCAACAAAGUUAAUAUUCCUUUAAUCAAUAAACUAAUAACUAUCGCUCAAAAGGGAAAUAAAAGCGAGGAUAUUUCAGAGAGAAAUUUGAAAAAAAGAAAAAAUCAUCUUCAAUCAUGAAAAAAAGAUUUGAGACAAUAACUAACUGCAAGUAGAAAGUAAUAAUAAAGAGAACGAGAGAGAGAGAGAGAGAGAGAGAAAGAGUGUGUAAAUGCAAAAGAGAGAGGAAGAUAGAGAAACAAGAUAAGAAUUGUUCUCCGAGACACCUGGCGCCAAGGCACCCUCUUAUCGGCCCCACUGCCGUUCACCCUCGACUCGCUGGUCAGAGGGUCAAUCAUCCCUUCUACCUGUCCACAACUCGCACUCUCUUGCAGUUUUGCCGGCGAUCGAUUUCGCAGACUACAAGCAAAACAGCCUUUGAACGCUUUCGAGAGUAUAGGCUCAGAAGAAAGCCAAGAAAAAUUAAAGAAAUUUUUAAAAAAGUUGCACUUUCUGCGCCAAGUUUUCUUUUCAAUUCAUUUUGGAAAACAAGUUCAAAACAGUUCUUUUUGGAAUUCAUCGUGCCGAUGAGGAACACUUGGCGAAAAAGGUACUAUUAUCUGGAAAAAUUAAACGGUAGAAAAAUCUGCCGUAAAGGAAAACAAUUAGUCAGGUGGCCAAGGAUCGAUUAAAGAUCAUUCAUUGCAACCUUCUGGAGACAAGACAGGAACCACACGCACUUUUCCAAAGAGUUCAGUGGAAGCUCAAGUUUCAGUUAAUCAAGGGCAACGAGAGCCAUGAACGAGUCUGUUGUGGCUUUUUUGAUGAUGUUGUUAUUAGGGUCAGGUCAAACGUUCCUGACCCUUAGAUCCAUAAGACAAGUUGAGUUCAAUUUAUCCAAAAAUCAAACUUCCUCCAAUCUCGCACCAAAAUCAGCAAUGUCACCUUCGAGUCCUGCAAAGACAACCAGCACCGAAUACAUUUGUAUAGAGGUCUCUCCAAAUCUCCCGCCUUGCAAUUUUAACAAAUUCGUCAAUUCAAUGGGCGAGGAAGAAUCUCUGACACAAAUCCACGCGAAGAGAAAAAGAGAAGUUGACAUUCCGAAAUCAUUAAUCGUUUACAAAAUUGAAGGAUGUAUUCCAUCAAGAUUGCCCUUUCGGUUACCAUUUUGCAAGCCCGAGGAAUCUAGAAGUCCGUUAGCAAAAAUACAAAAUCUACGUCCAUUCAAGACAAAAGAAAUCUUUAAAACUGCUCCUGAGGUUUUUCCAAAAGUCAACCAUACCCAUUGGUUAGAACAAAUGAAGCACAUACAAUUAGAACAUCAAAUUAAAUCUCAAUUAGAAGUCAAGCAUAAUCUUUCUCACCCAUUAGAAAAUGCUGGUGAGAACAGGAUUAAGCAAAGGCAAAUAUCCAACAAGAUUCUUCUUGAGAAAAAUUGGUUCAAGACUAAAGAUGAAGAGUCUUACAAGGAAAAAAAGAGAAUUUUCAAUAUGAAAAAAACCAUACACAAAACACAGAAGAGGAUCGAACAAGAUAUUCAAGAGGCCAGGGGUCUUGAUCAGGAGCUGGAUAAACUUGUCGCCAAGUUGGAGUUUCCGUAUUCGAGAGCGAUUCCCUUCGAUCCUGAAAAGCUACAAGUUGCUCGAAUAGGAAGCGAAUUCCCCUAUUCGAAAGCAAUUCCUUUCGACGCCGAGAAAUUACAAGUUGCCAGGGAAAGAAGUGUCUAUCCAUUUUGGAAGCAAGUUCUCUACAGACCUGAAAAUAAUCAUCAGCUUCGAGAUAUUGACUAUUCCGAUGAUGAAUCGUCACAUGAAAAUAAUUUCCUCUAUCCGAAAAAAAGUCACCAUUCAAGAAAACUUCUAAGUGCACCAUCAACAUCGCGAGGAGAUAAACUCGUUAGUGACAAUUGGGAGAGAGAAGAGAAGACUAGCGUUCUUCAAAAAGAAUUCAACUAUCAUAAACCAUCAAAACUUGGAAGGAAAAGAGAAAAUUCCAAACAUCAUAUUCGAUCUUCAAAGGAUAUUAAAAAAUUUAAAGAAUUUCGUUCUACAAACACGAUUCCCAGCAAGAAGAACCAAGAAAUUGAUUCUUCAAGUUUUGGCGAAGAGAAACAUCCCAAACCUCAUUAUUUGUCUCGAAAAUUGAAAUUCAUCAAGGAAGGUAGUGAGUUCCCGUACACCAAGGCCAUUCCAUUCGAUGCUGAAAAACUCGCCGUUGCUGCCGCAAGGAAAAGUGAUUUAUCAAAACAAGCGUUUCAUUCGAAAUUAUCGACAAAUUCGAAAGAAUACAUCUCUAGAAAGCCUCUGGCUUUUAACGCAGGAAACAAUUUGUCUUCAUUACUUUUUGUCCCAUACAACAGAAGAGCUUCAAUUCAUCAUUCGAAAAAUCAGAGAGGAAAAUCUUGUUGAAAAUAAUGUAUAAUUAUUGAUGAAUACAAAGAGUCGGAAAAAUUACAUUACAUUCGAAAUUAAACAAUUAGAGUCCUCUUUUUAUUAUAUUAUAAAUAAUAUUAUAAUCCAAUGUUGAAUAUAUCAACUCUCUUCUCAACUUUUGGACUCUGCAAUUUUUAAAACUAAUUAAUGUUUUGAAUUUUUGAGAAUUAUUGUCUUCAGCAUCCGACUCUAAGUUUCUCAAGUUUAUUAGAUUAUAUCAAGAUUUUGCUAUUUAUCUCCAGUAACAUUUCACAAACAUUCCUUUUUGUAUUUUGACUCAACGUAUUCCAUCCGAAAGACUACCGCACAUGUGCAAGAAAAACCCGGGAAAAUUCAUGAGAGAAGAAUAAAAGAGAUUCUUAUACUUUAGGUGUAAGAUGUAAUUUAUUUUAAAUAGGUCUGCUUUGUUUUUAAUCCGAUCUCGCAAAUGAAAUGUGCUGUGGCCUUUGACAUUAAAGCUCGUUCUAAUUUUCAUGUACCUUUUCAUCAACAUUAAUUUAUUGUUUGUCUCGAUUAUAAAAAGGGGCUGUGCAAGUGACUCAUGUUUAUGUUUGUAAAAGGGCUGAUUUUCUGAAAGCGUUUCGUCGUCCUUUCGUUCUUUCGUUCUCUCGUCGUUUUUAUCUAUUUCGAUGCAAUUUAUGCCGAUCUCAAUGAGUUUGCACGGAAAAAAAUAUCGGCUGAAGUAUAAUUAUAAAAAAUAUAAAAUGCAAGUUGCAACACACAAAAAUCUCUAUUUAACAGAAGAGAAAAAUGUUUUUCUUAUUUCGAAAUUGAGAAACUUGAUAAAUGAAAUAAAAUGUCUUCUGUUAAAUGACAAGUUGAAACUUGCUUUAAAAUUCAAGUCAAGUUAUAUAAUUAGUUGUAAUGAAUAUUAUUUACAGUAGAAUAGUAAUCGCUUAUCGAACGCAUAAAAAGUUUGACUCAACCCUGUAUUUUAUAACUUAUUUAUAGCUUAUUACUAUAAUAGACUAGUGGUCAAUAUCUCAAAAAUGCUAAUAUUUUUUUCUGUGUGCGAUCCGCAUGGAAUAUGUGAUAUUAUGUGAACUACUAUUAUAGUCAAUUUGUGAUCGACCUGUAAGUCUUAAAAUUAAAUUGUGUCUGCAGGUGAUGACUCAAUAUUCGCCAGCAAAAAUCUAUAGUGAAUUCUAGAGUAGAUUGUUAUUUACGUGCCUGGGAACAUUAUUGUUCCUGGAACUUUUUUUUUAUUUCUAAGUACAUAUUUGUAUAGGAUUCACUCGUCAAAUUUCAUCUCUCUUAUUCUCCAUUUCAAUGUCAUGUUUAUACAUAUGCAUAUAGUUAAGCAUUUAACAAACGUAACAUUUCUAUGUAAUUUCUUUUUAAUUUAUUGUCAAGUGCGCAUAUAUAAUCAUUUCUCUCGAUAUAUUAGCCCUUUCAUUUUGUUUAUAUUGCGAUUUUAAUAUAAUAUGAUAUGUUACAAAAAUUUAUGAGUGAGGGUAUUAGAUAAUUUUUUGUAAUAAUGAAAUACGAAUAAAUAAAUAAAUAAAUAAAUAAAUAAAUUAUAUAUAUAAAUUACGAGAUUUUCAUUUUUAACUACAUAAUAUGAAUUGAUUUUGAAGGAUUGUAAAUAUUCAUUUCAUUCAUUUAGAUAGUCAUAAUAAAAGGCUCUAUGCGGGGAACAUGUUAUAAAGGGGCUUGAAAGGAAUGCCAUUGAAGAAGAAGGCAAAGGCAAUGGUCCAGGUCAUUUCAUUCUCUGCAGCUCCAACAGUUACACCUUCCAGGUCAAAAAGAAAAUGGAAAUGGAAAUGGAAAUGACCUGAACCCUGUACCUUCAAAAUAUUCCCAGACACAAAUACAAUUUUAGUCUUCAUUCAGAACUGGUAAGGAAAAGUUGUUGACUUUUCAGCCCGCGAAUUAAUAUUUUCCUCACUAUGUUAAAGUUAAUAUUACUAUCAUUCGUCCUUUACGAAUUAAAAAGUGCUCAGUGCGAUUAUGAGACUUUACCGGAAAUUGAAAUUAUACCAACGGGAGUAGUUCCUCAUAUUUGCGUAAAGGUGGAUCGAGAUCUUCCGCCUUGCAUUGGUAAAUUUAAGGAACAUCAGCGCAAAUAUAAACAUCAAAUUAAUAAAAUUUUACAAAGUUACGCCGACAUGAUCAUCGACUACAAGGAUCCUAAAAAUGCAAGUUUUGAAAAUUACGGACCUGGCAAAAUUUAUUUAAAAAGUUUUGAGUCAUUAAAUCGUGAACUGGAGGAGGAAGAGGCGAGGAAAAAGUUAUCCAAGAAUGGUGGUAAUUCAUCAAAUAUUCAAGACGAUACAGUUGUUAAUAUGCCGGAAGAAUUUGAAAAUCAGACGGAAGAAGAAACAAUCAAGGAUUUAAAUGCUGAUGAACCAUCGAUUAUACAAGUUACUAGAGUUGUUAGAUCACUGGAAAUGACUGUCUUGGUUGCUGAUCAAUGUAUUCCGCUUGGAAUCGAAUUCUGUGAUUUUACCAGACCCAUUGUUCAGGACAAAAAGACAGAAGAGAGAAUACAAAAAAGGAGCAUUCAGUCGUUUACCCUUUUUAAAACUCUCGCUCCUCAUCGAAUCAACUAUUUUUCGAAAAAUUAUUCCAAACUUCGGAAAAAUGUUAAGAGGAAACAACUGGAUAAGACAAGUUUUUCUAAUAAUAAUGAUGAUAAAUAUAGGAAACAAAAAAUAACGGAAUUAUUUAAUAAAUUGAAGAAAAGGAAAUGAGAGUUGGAUUCAUCUCUCUAUUAUACAUGAUAUCGAAGAAAAAUUUUAAUUUGUGCAAUUUUCUGUUCAAAGAGAUUUUUUCAAGUAAAUCAAGUUUCUUGUAAUUGAAACAAUGACUAGUUCAACUAUUGUGAAAAUUUUUGUGAAGUUGUUACAAAACAUUCUCUAUGCUGAGAGAGGACGAACGUGUAAAACUUUUUUGUGACAAUUUCUCCUGUGACCACAAUCAAAAUUCAAAUUAACUAAAAUUUACAUGUUAACAUUUUUCAAUUUAUUAUUAAAAAAAAAAAAAAAAUAAUCAUAUAUAUGUUUUGUGUUUCUUAAUGUUAUAUUGUUAUGUGAGGGUGAAAAAGGGACGUAAUUUUAAAGGCGGGAAGUCGUUUUAAAAACAGGUGACAAUGGGAAGAGUGAUGUUGAAAAAAGCGAACAAUCUCUGACGCAAUUCAUGGAAGACCCCAUAAACAUAUUUCCAAGUAUGCAACAAAGGCCGACGGGACCAUUGUUAUACACGUCACACACGGCACAAGAAAUUUCCUGAAUAUUUUCUUAAAGUUGGUAGCAGCAAUCUUAGAGAAAUUUAUUUGGAACCACAUAACAUAUUGUAUGUUUAUUGCAAGAGUGCCAUGCGAUAUUCGCAUGUAGUUUAUGUUCUCACAAGAGGAUUUAUUUUAUAAAUUACAUACUUUUAGUUUCCAAUGGGGUCUUUAAAUGUGAAAAACAUUUCAUUAUAUUAAA